UCCGCCAUGGGCGCCGCGGGGCCGCUCUGCGCCCUCCUCCUGCUGCUGGGCACCGGGACCCGGACCGGCACCGGGACCGGCAUCGAGACCAGGACCCGGCCAGAGCCGCCGCGCCUGGUACUCGCCCUGCUGGCCCGGAACGCGCAGCACUCGCUGCCGCACUGCCUGGGAGCCCUGGAGCGCUUGGACUAUCCCGCGGGCAGCAUCGCCCUGUGGUGUGCAACAGACCACAACUCGGACAACACGACGGCAAUGCUGCAGGAGUGGCUGGGGGCAGUGGGGAAGGACUAUCACUCGGUGGCCUGGAAGGUGCAAGAGGAGCCCAGCUCCUAUCCUGAUGAGCUUGGUCCCAAGCACUGGAGUGACAAACGCUAUGAAAACGUGAUGAAGUUGAAGCAGGAAGCUCUCACCUAUGCCCGGGAGCAGCAGGCAGACUACAUCCUGUUCAUGGACACUGACGCCAUCCUGACCAACAACCAGACCCUCAAGUUUCUCAUGGCGCAGAACAAGUCAGUGGUGGCCCCCAUGCUGGACUCACAGACCUUCUACUCCAACUUCUGGUGUGGCAUCACACCCCAGGGAUUCUAUCGCCGGACAGCCGACUACUUCCCCACCAAGAACCGGCAGCGGCUGGGCUGCUUCCGUGUCCCCAUGGUCUAUGCCACCUUCCUGAUCGACCUGCGGAAGGAGGAGACCUUGCAAUUGGCUUUCUACCCACCCCACCCCAACUACACCUGGGCCUUUGAUGACAUCAUUGUCUUUGCCUACUCCUGCCAGGAGGCUGGUGUGGAGGUCCACGUGUGCAACCAGCACCACUUUGGUUACAUCAACGUUCCUGUGAAGGCCCACCAGACACUGGAGGAUGAUCAUGCCAACUUCGUGCAUCUCAUGCUGGAGGCCAUGGUGGAUGGUCCCCCCAUGCAGCGCUCCAGACAUAUUUCUCUCCUGCCCAGGCCACUCACAAAAAUGGGUUUUGAUGAAAUCUUCCUAAUCAACCUGGUGCGGAGGCCAGACCGGCGGCAGCGAAUGCUAGCAUCCCUGCAGGAGCUGGAGAUCAUUCCACGGGUGGUGGAUGCUGUGGAUGGCAGCACCCUCAACAGCAGUGACAUCAAGGUGCUGGGUGUGGACUUGCUACCCGGGUACUACGACCCCUUCUCCGGCCGCACGCUCACCAAGGGCGAGGUUGGCUGCUUCCUCAGCCACUACAAUAUCUGGAAGGAGAUCGUGUCCCAGAGGUUGGAGCGGUCAGUGGUCUUCGAGGAUGAUGUGCGCUUCGAGGCUGCCUUCCCAGCACGGCUGCAGCGGCUGAUGGAGGAGCUGGAGCGGGCACAGCAGAACUGGGACCUCAUCUACCUGGGGAGGAAACAGGUGAACGACGAGGAUGAGGCACCUGUGAAAGGCGUGCGGAACCUGGUGGUGGCCGGGUACUCGUACUGGACACUGGCCUACGCCAUCUCCCACCAUGGGGCACGGAAGCUGCUGGCCACCAACCCCCUCUCCAAAAUGCUGCCUGUGGACGAGUAUCUGCCCAUCAUGUAUGACAAGCACCCCAAUGAGGAUUACAAGCGGCACUUCUCCCCACGGGACUUGCUGGUGUUUUCGGCUCACCCCCUCCUGGUUUAUCCCACUCACUAUGCUGGGGACAGCAACUGGCUGAGUGACACCGAGACUUCCACCAUCUGGGAUGACGAUGCCAAGAAGACUGACUGGGUUGGCUCGCAGAAGACACUGAGGGACUCACGGGGCAGUGCUGGCCACCUCCGCUCCACGGCCCGUGACGAGCUCUGAUGGGAUGAGGGAUUGUGAUCCAGCUGGGAGCACCAUGGGCAGGACCUUAUACUGCCCGCUCCCACUCAGGAGAUGCAGCUGCCCUGGACA